AUGGUGGCCGUGAAUCCUCUGUUCUCAGGCCCGGGCCUCUGGUCCUCGAAAAAGUUGCAGGCCACCGUCAUUAACGAUAUAUGGCCCGAUGUACUCUUCUUCACUCUCAUUGCCACCAUGGUAUGUUGCGUGUCGACCUUCACGUCGCACUCCCUCUCGAUUUCGAAUCAGCUGCUGUCUGUGCUUGGAACAGUGCUUGGUCUGGUGAUCUCGUUCCGCACAACAUCAGCUUAUGAGAGAUACCAAGAUGGCAGAAAGUCGUGGACCACACUCCACUUAGCCUCGCGAAAUCUUGGGCACAUGAUCUGGAAUCACAUCCCGUUUGAGCGCCUAGAAGAUGGCGAGAAGCCUCCGGAUGGCGGCGCCGCACCAAAGCCCAAGACCUCUGUGUUAGCAGGUGUAAUUGAGAAGAAAACGAUGGUUAAUCUUGUUCAGGCAUUCUCUGUUGCGACUAAACACAUGUUGCGCGGCGAGCCUGGAGUUUAUUACGAGGACUUAUACCCGCUGAUCUGCUUCCUUCCUCGGUACUCGAUACACCCUCCUCUGACGCAUGGAGACGACGAUAGGAACGGGCAUAGCACUUCUGAAAAUCGCCGUAAAUCCUGGAUAAACUCACUAAACUCUCGUAACAAGAGCAAGAACACGGAUGAUUUCGAUCCCGAGAAAGUUCUCCCAACUGUUCAGUGCGAGCGACCACUUCGACCCGCUCGUAAUCCACCGGAAGCAAGUGCGUACGACUAUCUCCCCAUUCUCCGCAUCUUCAAGCCUUUGAUCAGCUUGGUGGUCCGGGGAAAGAUGUCGUCGAUGAGCGAGGGUGGGAAGAGGACUUUGUCGGGGAAGAAGAAGUAUGUGGCGGUUGAGUCAAACGUUCCGCUCGAGAUCUCGCUGUUUUUGUCCAGCUACUUUGCAUGGUUGCUCAAGAAUGGAUUCCUGACCCCGGUUGCGGCGACGGCUAUUAACAACGGACUCACGUCGUUGCAAGAAACAGUCAUGAACCUUGAAAGGAUCAGGAACACUCCCCUUCCUUUCGCAUAUCAAGCGCAUCUUCGUAUGACUCUCUGGUUAUAUCUUUUCUUCCUACCUUUCGAGUUGUUCAGCUCGUUCAAAUGGCUGACUAUUCCUGCCACCGCAUUUGCCUCGUUCCUAUUCCUAGGCUUCUUAGAAAUCGGACAAGAGAUCGAGAACCCCUUCAACUACGACUUGAACGAUCUCGACCUCGAUGGCUUCUGCCUCUCCAUACAACGCGAACUCGCCGAGAUUACCGCUCACACCUCACCAGUCCCUCAGACCUUCAUCUUCAGCGAAUGGAACCAGCCCUUCGCACCCGCCGACCGUCGUUCCGCUCAACAGAUCAUGUUGGACGUCGACCACGCCUAUCACGGAGCCGAGACGGGGAUGCACAGUAUACGCCGGACGUUGCUCAAGUCCUGGAGAGAUGUUGAUAGGGAGACGAGGCAUCAUUAUUGGCAUGCUACACAAAAUUGA